UAAGCUUCUCCUUCCUUCCUUCCUUCUUCUUCUGAUCUUGUUUUGCAUGGGGAAGAGCCCAAGAAAGGAAGGAGAGAGCCUAGAAGAAACAAUAAGCUUCUAUCUAUUUUAUAUUUACAUACAUGUUUAUAUAUAAAGUAGUACUUUAUUUGGUAGUGUAAUUUAAUUACAUCUCCAUCUUGGGGUUUUCAAGUAGUAGUAGUAGUAGUAUAUUGUUGAUAAGGUCCCCAAGAUCCCUCCCACAACACCACACCAUGCACCUCUCUCAGCUUAUUUAGCUUAGCUCCCCUUUUUGUUCUCCACUUCCUCUCUCUCUCUCCUCUCUUUGUUUAGUGGCUUGUGUUGAGAGUCCCAAGAAACACUGAAUUUUGUUGCAUCCUUGUGGGUUUUAGGUGACCAUUGGCCUUUUCCCCCCUUUGAUCUCUCAUGGUUUCCAUUCUGCAGCUGCAGACAAGAACAGAAGCAUCACCAGCAUCAUCAGCAUCAGCAGCAGCAACAAGGAUCUUUGCAGUGAGGAGGCAGCAACAAGAACAAGAAGGAGAAGAGGAAGAGGAGGAGUUUGAGUUUCAAGAACGGAUGGAUCUCUCCGGGGCGCAAGGCGAGCUCCCGAUCCCAAUGCACGCCUCCGCCGCCGCGUCGCCAUUCGCCGGCAUGGGCGCGCACGGCGGCGCAGGCGGUGGACAUGUCGUGGAGCUUCACCGCCAUGAGCAUGUGGGUAACAAUGGGCAAGCGAUGGCGAUGGCGUCACCGCCGCCGACGAAUGUUGCGGUGGCGGCGGAGCAGGAGGGCUCGCCGGUGGCGGGGAAGAAGCGGGGCGGCAUGGCGGUGGUGGGUGGUGGUGGUGGGGUGGCGGUGAAGUACAGGGAGUGCUUGAAGAACCACGCGGCGGCCAUCGGCGGCAACGCCACUGACGGGUGCGGCGAGUUCAUGCCCAGCGGCGAGGAGGGCUCGCUGGAGGCGCUCAAGUGCUCGGCCUGCGGCUGCCACCGCAACUUCCACCGCAAGGAGGCCGACGACCUCGACGCCGACAGCUGCGCCGCCGCCCUCCGCGCCGCCGCCGGCCGCCACCACCACCUCCUCGGCCCCGCCCUGCCGCACCACCACCACAAGAACGGCGGCGGCCUCCUCGUCGCCGGCGGCGACCCCUACGGCGCCGCCUACGCCGCGGCGCGCGCGCUCCCGCCACCGCCGCCGCCGCCGCCGCACGGCCACCACCACCACCACCAGAUCAUCAUGCCGCUCAACAUGAUCCACACGUCGGAGUCCGACGAGAUGGACGUCAGCGGCGGCGGCGGCGGCGUGGGACGCGGCGGUGGGUCGUCGUCGUCGUCGAAGAAGCGGUUCCGCACCAAGUUCACGGCGGAGCAGAAGGCGCGGAUGCUGGAGUUCGCGGAACGCGUGGGGUGGCGCCUCCAGAAGCUCGACGACGCCAUGGUGCACCACUUCUGCCAGGAGAUCGGCGUCAAGCGCCGCGUCCUCAAGGUCUGGAUGCACAACAACAAGCACAACCUCGCCAAGAAGCCGCUCCCCUCCUCGCCGCCGCCGCCGCCGCAGAUUCCUCCCAUGUCCAUGCCGCCCUCGCCGCCGCCGCCGCAGAUUCCUCCCAUGUCCAUGCCGCCCUCGCCGCCGCCAAUGCCGAUGCCGAUGCCACCGUCGCCGCCGCAGCUCAAGCUGGAGUGACCUAGCAUUGCCAUUUCACUGUUCCAUCGAAGCAGAGAGAAAAGAGGAAAAAAAAAAACUUAAGUUAUUUAUCAUCUUUUUUUUUCUUGGAAUUUUUUUUCCUUUUGUCAUAAUGUAGGGGAGCAAGCAUGAGAUGAGGGGAGAACAUGGAUCAUAGGUGAACUGAAUUUUCGAAAUUUUUUUUCUCUCUGAAUUUCCUGAGCUUGAUUUUUUUUUUCUUGUCAAUUUUCUUGGUUGGUGUCUCUGACUUAAAGUCUAGCAAGUGCAUGCUUGAUGAUCUGAGCAUUGAGUUGUUAUGGAUCAGAGGGUGUAUUAAAGAAUUAAUUUUAUCUGACUCUUUUGUUUAA